GUGUAUAUGCUGAGAGACCUCUGAGUUCCUGGACUAGUAUGACUGUCUCUUUUUUUUUUUAAUUCUUCAAGAUAAUUCUACAGUAAAGGCGGCGAGGCUUAGAGAAGAUGGGGAUUUUAGCAUUUCUUUUUCUCCUCACUGCAGUCCAGGCGGCAGUGGCUGAGUAUAGAAUGGUUUGCUACUACACCAACUGGGCACAGUACAGGAAGCCACCAUGGAAUUACGUCCCAGAGAACGUUGACCCCAACCUCUGCACACACGUCAUCUACGCCUUUGCUAACAUGGAGGAUAAUCGGCUAAAACCGCUUGAGUGGAACGAUGAGGAUCUGACGUCGACAAAGGGAAUGUACAGCAGGCUCAUGGACAGACUGAAAAGCACCAGAGGCGUGACACCCAAGGCACUCCUGGCGGUAGGAGGAUGGAACUUCGGCACCCAGCCCUUCAAGAACAUGACGUCAUCAGCAGCCAACAGAAAAACAUUCGUCCAGACGUCAGUCUCUUUUCUCCGACGUCAUGGCUUCGACGGUCUUGAUCUUGACUGGGAGUACCCUGAAGCCGAUGACAAGGAAAACUUUAUCUUGUUAGUCAAGGAACUUCGUGAGUAUUUUGAGAGCGAAGAGGUUCAAAUGGGUACAGAAAAGUUACUGCUUACAGCCGCCGUGUCCGCAGGGAUGAAGCGAAUAGAUGCAGGAUACAAUGUUUCAGGGCUUGCCAGGUAUCUGGACUUUAUCAAUCUGAUGACCUAUGACCUAAGUCCAGAUAACGCGACUGGUACUUGGCACAACAGCUUGCUGAGAGCACCUCCCAAUGUGACAGGCUAUGAAGCAACUCUCAAUACGAUCUGGGCUGUGGAAAAAUGGAUACGUGAGGGUGCAACACCUUCGAAACUUGUCUUAGGCAUUCCUCUAUACGGCAACUCCUUUAUCUGUGAGUUACUUAGCAAUGGAGGAGUACGGUUUUGGGACCAGAAAAACAAUGCGCUCUAUAUGUACAAGGACAACUACUGGGCGGCUUAUGAUGAUGAGAUGACCAUUCAGAUGAAGGUGGAAUGGCUGAAGAACAGGGGUCUCGGAGGCGCGAUGGUAUGGGCGUUGGAUUUCGACGACUUUAGGGGUUCAACAUGCUCCACAAAGCCUAACCCGUUACUAAGGACUAUCAACAAGGCGUUAGAACGGAAUGUCCCAGAGGAAAAACCUGAAACUAGCCAUACUAGCUGGGACGGCGGGAUUGGGAGGGAUGUCAUCACCAUCAUUGUAGUCAGGACAGUUGUAUUCGUCGCUUUGGCUCUGCUGUUUGUGAUGGUUUUCACCUUUAGGUCAAUGAUGAAGAUAGGGCGUCAACAGAGGACUGCCAAAAAGGAACGUGAAGAGAUGGCAAACAGAAACGGAAGCAUCGUCAAUGCUGAUGAAGCAACAGGAAAAGAAGACAAGCAACAAAACAAAAUAUCACCGUCCAUCUUUAAAAUCCUGGUCUCCGUCAUUUUUUUGCUCGGUAGCCUCUUCUGCGUCGGGGCCGGAAAGGUGUCAAUCAUUUCUAUUUCAGGAUGCUUGACAGAGGCAGGACUAGAAAACUACACUAGCAGCUCCAGCUCCAGGAACCUGACUCUUGUACAGCCCUGUGAAGAUGAGUUCCCGGAGACCAUAGUUAACAUGAUCCUCCUCAUGUUGGUGAUCCCUUACGGCAUCACAUUCCUAGGGUGUCUUUGGUCGACCGGACUGAAGCACAACCAUCCAUGGCCUACUGGAAAGGCCAUCUUGGUGGGCUUGGCUUCGAGUACAGCAGAAGUUUUUGGACUGUCGCUGUUCAUUCUGAAGGUUUUCAACUCAGUCAACGGUCUCACUGGCGUUCUAUUCAUGAACAGUAUCUACAUUGUGCAAAUCAUUUACCAAUUCAUCUACGAGGUUUACAAAAUGAUAUGGCCACAUCGUACUGGUGAACGGGAUCCUUCUUGGAAAUGGAUGGUGGCUUUCAUGGUGGCAUCGGUCCUCUCUCUUGGAGGUUUGACCAUGACUACAUACGGAGCAAAGGACAAUGCAGGGUGGUGGAUGGGGCUCAUAAGUACACUACUUGUGUCCUUUGCCUGGUCUCCUGUCAUCCAAAAACAACAAACCAUUUUAAACGUCGACGUCAAUACGAACAUCUGGUCCCUGUACUCUGGUGAUGGCAAAGACAGACUAAGCUGGUCUAGAGAAGAAAAAGCACUCACCAACAUGCAAGAAGAUGAUGGCAUGAAACUCAGUCUUCUGACUAGUCUGUGGAAAGUCCUCCUCACCCCAGCGACGGCAUCACUCUUUGUGUGGUAUUUUGAGAUUGGUGACGUUUCCGUGAUGUGGAGCUUGGAGAGCUGGACCAAUAUCACAUCUGACCAUCCAGCCUUUGACGAGAUGAUGAUCAACAUCUCCUGUGGUCUGGGUGGAUAUCUGCUUUCCGUUAUCGCAUGCAGCACGAGUACAUACAACAUAGGAUUUGCCCUACCACUGCUGCUGGGAAGUAUUGAUGCUGUGGUGUUGGUUUUCAUUACCCCUGUGUGCGAGACGUUUCUUCCAAGUUCCGCAUGUUUCAUUGAGGAGAACAGUUUCAGCUUCUGCUUGGCCAUCUCUGCCGCAUUGGCUCUGUACGUAGCACAGGUCAUUGCCGUGUGGAGUCUUCUUGCUCAGAGCCCAAGUGGAAUACUCGAAAAGAGGUCCCAGAUUUUCUUGCUGCCUGGCUACAACAGCUUCUUUUUAGAGCAAUGGCUGGUUCUGAGUCGGAAAACGAAGUUCAACAGCAGAAAGCAAUUUCUGCGUUGGAACAAAAACCUGCGAAACGCAUGCGUGUAUGUCUGUAGCACCAUGUACCACGAGUCUGAGAAAGAAAUGGAGCAGCUGCUCAUAUCUCUACAGGGUAUAGCAAAUGACCUCCAAGACGAAGGUCAGCGCCAUUUUGAAUCCUACAUCUUUUUUGACGGAGGCUGUAAGGAUGGACAACCAACUUCAUGGGCACUGCAGUUGAUGGCGCUCAUAGAGAAAAUUGUCGCUCCUGAAAAAGAGGACAAUGCAAUGCUUGGAAACAAGUGGAAUACGCCGUAUGGAUUGCAGUUUUCCUGGACGAUUGGACUGAAAAAGAUGCCACUGAAUGUUCAUCUAAAGGACAAGUCAAAGGUGAAGGCAGGCAAGAGAUGGAGCCAAGUCAUGUACAUGUCCUAUAUCCUGGAUUUUUCUGCAAAUUCCAGUCCACUGGGAAUGUCAUCUGGCGCCAUCUUGAAUGACGAAAUCACCGCGUCGUCACCAAAGAAAGGGAUGCUGAACUUUGACCGGAAUGGUCCACAUCGUGCAAGACUAAACGGGUCCACGUUUUGGAAACCGGAUAAAACUGACCCUAAGCCGUACAUCAUGAUUGAUUUUGGUGAGCCGAUGUCAGUGACAGGACUUCUGAUGCAAGUGGAGCAAAGUUACGGCCAGAGUGUACCACGUUUCCAGUUGCGCUACAUGGAAUCCUCCAACCCACUUAAAAGGAGGGACACACUGCGUCUCAGCGAUGACGACUGGAUCAGAUACAGGGACAGUACGGAUGGGCCCAUCAAGACUUUCACUGUUUCGGAAGAUGGAAUUGAAGAACCCGUCAAAAUUCUUCUCAAACAACCCAUCAAGACCCGAUUUCUGCGGAUUUAUCCAACAAAGUGUCACGGCAUGAGAUUCGAGGUCCUUGGACACCCUCUCAAUGACAGGCUUGCUAACACCUACAUUCUAAUGACGGAUGGGGAUGUCAAGUUCAAGUCUGAGGCCGUCAGAUCUUUACUGGACAUUGUCGUACAGAACCCAUCUGUCGGGGCGGUGUGCGCGCGGACUCACCCGAUAGGCUCCGGACCUGUGGCAUGGUAUCAGAUAUUUGACUACGCCAUAGCUCACUGGCUGGGAAAGACGGCUAACAAUAUGAUGGGAACCGUUCUUUGCUGCCCUGGAUGUUUCUCUGUCUACCGAGCAAAUGCCGUCAGAGACGGACUGUCUGAAUAUUCCUCUCAUGUCAAGGAAGCCAAUGACUUCCUCGUCAAGGACAUGGGAGAGGACAGGUGGUUCUGUACCCUGUUGAUCAAGCACGGGUGGACUCUGGAAUACUCAGCGAUGACUGAAGACUUUACAUACUGUCCCGAGACGUUCGAAGAGCUGUUCAAACAGCGUCGACGCUGGCUGCUCUCCAGCCUUGUUAACCCGAUUAUCAUCGCCCAGAUUUGGAAGACGAUUGUAGCAAACAACCGCAACUUUUCGCGACCCUUCCUACUCUACCAGAUACUCCUCAUCGUUUCCUCCAUUGUCACCCCUGGAACCUGCCUUAUACUUGUCGCCGGUGGAGUGGAGCUUGCUUUCGGACUGAGUCUUGAGAUAUCAAUGAUCGUGUUGAGUCUAGCCACUGUGGCUUACGGUGUUGUGUGCCUCUAUGCACAACAGAAUACACAGCUCAAGGUUGCCAAGCUUUUGGCUGCUGCUUUUUUCGUAGCAAUGUUCGCACUGAGUCUAGGCUGCGCUAUUGCCGUCUUUCAAGACCUGCAACUUCAACUUACCGACAGAUCAGGAAUCCCGUCUGUGGAUAUCCUCAUCAUUUUCAGCUUCGUCGGAAUCUACAUCGUAACGGCCAUAUUACAUCCAGCGGAAUUUUCCUGCGUGGUCUACGGCUUCCUGUACCUGUUGUGUCUGCCGACAACUUGCGUUUUGCUGCCCAUCUACAGCAUCUGCAAUUUGAAUGACAGGAGCUGGGGUACACGUGAGACUACAAAGGAAGAGAACGUCGACCAAAUUGCAAAUGGAUCCAGCAAAAUGACUAACACAGUCUCCCAGGGUACACCCCAAGGUGACAAACAACAACAGUUUUUUAACAGCAAUAAACGUUCUGAUCUUUCACCUGAAAACGAAAACCACGAACAACUUUCAUUUGGAGCUGAGCCGAACGGUCAGGCCAAUGGGUGGGUCAACGGGGAGAUAAAACACAAAGUAGACGACGCUGACAGCCGUUUCUUGGAAUAUAGUUUCUGGAAGCGUCUUGUUGAUAAAACCCUAGACCCAAAGAAGGACAGUGGUUUGAAAACCAACACACAGGACCUAAAAGAGAAACUCCUUCAGCUUCGCAACGCUUGGGUCGUUGUCUUCUUCGUCACCAACGCAAUGUGGCUGACCUUGAUCUUUAUCUUGAAGUCUUACACACACAUGGAGGUACUGAUGAUGAGCCCACUCACUCUGACCUACCUCCUCGUGUUCGGCGUGGUCCUGGGUGUCCAGUUCCUGUCCAUGGUGGUCCACAGAGGCUGGACUCUUGUCCACAUGUUAGCCCGUAUACCAAACCCAUGGGAAACACCAGGCUCGGAUGUCUCUCCCAAAAUCUCCGGAAACCCUGCACCCGCUACUAUGGCUAUGAGUUUGCACACCGUGGAUGAGGAAAUAGGCGAGGAAAAUGGUUAUUUUAACGAAUCGUAUGGAGAGGAAACUACAAUGACUGAGUUCUAAAUACAGUAAAGCUAAUAUUAUAUGGUACAUGCUGCUUUCUCUACUUGGCACUCGGCACUAACGAGGAAGAGUAUGGAAGUUAAACACCAAUCACAACCAGCGGACUAGCCCCUUGCAGUAGUGACUUGCACAAAAUGUGUGGCCAAAGAGCUUCGAAGUGGAGAUGGGCGCCACCCUACGCAUCUUAGAUGUAUGGGCAAACUUUAACUUUAACUUUUUAUCAUUAUAUAAUAAGUCCCAGCACGUUCCUAUUAAAUUGUGCAUAAUUAUACCGUCAGUACGAACAGGUAACAUCAGUAUUAAUUUUCUCUAAACAAUAUGGCCAUUAUUUCAUCACAGAUUAAUCAUAUAAAUCAAUUUAGAUCUAAGGAAGUAAGCAAAGCUUCUUAAAAGUCACAAUUUCAAUGAAUGCAUAACAGAAUGUAAGGAAGUAGCUUAAGAAUAUUUAGAAUUGCAAUUCAUGCACCUAUGUUAUAUAUAUAUCUAUUAUAAUUAAUUUAGAAAAGAAUUAAAUUCCCACGUUACCAAGAAGCAUGAUAACGUUAUAAACGUUAAGGUAAGAAUAUAAAGUAUAUUAAGUAAAACCAUAAUCAAUCUUAAUAAUGCAAUAUGUAAACGGUCAAAACCUUUAGGAAACGCGUAUUUAAUUCAUAACGUUGAGUGCAGUUCUUUAGUUAGUAAAUCAUGCAAAUUUUUGUGGUCUAUGCAUAUAAAUACACCAACGUAAACCUUAGUAUGGUUAGUAUAAAUUCACUUUUGUUUGAAGCAUUAAUGCCUAUCAUAUUGUUAUAUUAUAACUAUUGGUGAUAGAAGGUUAGUAUUCUGCACCAUUAUUUCUUCUUUACAAAACAUUAAUCAUGGCUCUUUCCCCCGUCGUCGAGGAUUAAUAAUUAAUGGUAUAUUUUGUGCUCAUAUUACUU